UAUGAUGAUGAUAAUAGUAAAACUUGCUUUCAUUAUCGUUGAAAUAACAACUUAUUUCUCCCAUGUGACCAUAUUAUGAUGUGUAUGGUAGACGUAGAUCAACCGAGGACUUGAUACGCUAGUUGUCCAAUAAACACUAACCGAGGAUUUGAUACACAAAAUCAUACUUUUCAUUUUUCAGAUCACACACUCGAAAGAUACACCCUAACUGUAGAAUACCGCCUAACGCGGAGCACCUCAGAUCGACCCGACAUUCAAAUGAGAUAUUAAAUCCGGGCUUCUGAACAUCGUUAUAGUCUUGGAUUUAGUUUAAAAAAAAGUCCUCGGUUCAACCGAGGACGUACUCGGUUGACACAGGUCCACGAUUAGAAGAAAUCAAAUUAAUACUGGUUGGCAGUAAAGGAAUGGGCAAAAGUUCUGUGGGAAACAGUCUGUUAAAUAGUGAUGCAUUUAAAUCAAGGUCACCAGAAACAUCGUCUUUGGUCUCGUGUUAUAUGGCAGCAACUCAAGGAUAUGGAGCGAACCUUCUUCUUGUGGAUACAUCUGGAAUAAUCGAUAAUUGCGAUAAUCCAUUAUCCCAUCAAAUGGUUUCAAGCAUCAAUAUCUCGGCACCUGUCAUAUUUGCCAUUAUUAUAAAAUUAAAAUAUCAGUACACGUAUACCCCAGACGAGCUUGAGAUUGGUACAAGGCUGAAAAGACUAUUCGGUAAGAAUGUAAUGAACAACGCACUAGUUGUCUUUACUGAAAAAGAAAUGCUGGAACACGAUGGUUUAACACUGGAUGACUAUAUUAGAAAAUCUCCAGAUCAGUUGCAGCAGCUCAUGAAGGAAUGUAACAGCCGAGUAGCCGUGAUAAAUAACCAUGAAAACAUCAGUAACCGUCAACAGGAUGUAAUGAAAAUACUGACGAUAGCAGAAGGUAUUAAAUUGUCUCACCACUCUAAAAUUUCCAGCGAAGUAAAACAUAUGUCAGACCACCCAGAGAUCCGACUGAUUUUAAUUGGAAACAAAAGAGCGGGAAAAAGUUCCCUGGGAAAUAGUUUGCUUCAGAGAAAAGCGUUUACUGCCCUCAGUCCAGAGGAUAUCCAAGGAUCAAUCCAAUUGGCAGAUGGAACCAAAAUAGUUAUUGUUGAUACACCAGGUAUUGCUGACCCCAAAACUCCAACUAUUAACACAUUUGAAGAACUAACAAGGCGUGUAGAGCUUUUACACCCAGGUCCUCACGUAUUCAUUAUGGUUCUCACAAUUGAUAGAUUUACACAGGAAGAUGUUGACGCAAUUAAAUAUAUCAAAUAUUGGUUUGGCGAAGAUAUUACUAGAUACCUUGUUGUUGUAUUCACCGGUAAGGAUUCCUUGGAUUAUCAUGAACAAACUUUGGAAACGCAUAUUCAGAAAAGCCGAGAAGAAUUGAAAUCACUUAUCUCCGAAUGUAACGGUAGAGUCACUGCUAUUAAUAACCGUGAUAGUCAUCCUGGCAUUAAAGCUGUAUUUGAUUUGGUUCAACAAACAAUAAAAGAUAACAAGGAUGGCUUUUACAAUCAAGAAAUGUACACUAAUGCCGUUAAAGAACGCCAAGGGAAACCCAAUGUAAUGGAUACUGAUCACUUUUCUAAGCAGAAAGAUCUUCGAUUACGGGCACUGGAGGAGAAGCAGGCAAAAGAACUUGAAGCGAAAGAAAAAGAGUUACUAUAAUCGGUAGUAUUUCAGUGCCAAACCAAUUUCUCCUUUUGUGUACGUCGAAAUUUCAAGAAACGUGACGGGGGAGUUGGGUCGGGGGGGGGGGGCGUGUUCUUGACUCAUUUGGCAACAUUCAGUAAUAAAAGAAACACAAGAGAUGGAUAAAUAAUCCAAUUUAAAAAUGUGAUAACGUUUUCGAAUGUAGACUAUGCGUCUUUUAAAUUUCAGCAAACACAUUUUGGACUAAGGGUUUGUCGAAACAGUUGUUUGAUAGAUUAAAACUGGAUAUCAAGUGUUUAAUUAUACUGGCGAUAUUUAUGUAUAUAUUAUUAAUGUAGUUUCUGCUAUAGUAUUUGAGAAUAUGUGAAUUUAAUGAAGAUGUUGUCUAUAUCUUCAAAAUUACACAGCAAUGAGUUAAUCAAUUUCAUUUUAUGUCAACGGCUGGUUAGGUAAAUUACAGUGGCUACCAUUAUUAAAUCUUUAGUUAUUCGUCGUAUCAGUGUAAAAAUGUGCUUAACUUGAUGUUCUUCUAUAGUAAUAUUAUAUUUGUGUUCCCAUUUUACAAUACCUGGCAGUUCUGUGUAGUUAUUUUGCAUAACUUUUUAAUAAAUAACUGUAGAGCUUA